UACCUGGGGCACGGAGGAGAUCUGCGGCCAGCCAGCCAUGCCGUUCACACCCGGCCAGCCGUUCGAACUCACCAUCUUCUGCGUCGACGAAACGUACCGGCUGGCGGUGGACGGGCGCCACUUUGCCACGUUCCGGGCUCGCUCGCCGCCCUCCCGCGCCAGCACGCUCCACUGCACGGGCACCAUGGAGCUGCAGGCGGUCGGAUACGCCGACGACGUGCGCCUGUACCCGCCGCGGCCGGCGCCGGCGCUCGCCCUGGCCGCGGACGGCGGCGGCUACCUGCAGACUCAGCCGGAGUUCCCGUGCCGACUGCCGGAGCCGAUUCAGGACGGCGGCGAGAUUCGGCUCACCGGACGCGUCAAAAUGCUCCCCUUCUCGUUUUUCGUGGACCUGCGUCACGGCAGUCAGCUGUACCCGGAGCCGGAGGUGAUUCUCCACUUCAACCCCCGGUUCCAGGUGAACAACAACUUCGACAUCAUGGUGCUGAACACGAAGGCUGCCGGCUGGGGUCGCGAGCAGCGGCCGGAGGGGUUCCCGUUCCGAGCGGGGCGUCCGUUCCAGCUCAGGUUCGUGUGCCGGCCCGGCUCCUGGGAGGUGCUCGUCGACGGCGCUCUCCUCGUCAAGUACCCGCACCGGCUCUCCAAGGCCUCGCUGGACGCCAUCGACGUGCGAGGAGACGUCGUCAUCGAGUCGGUGUUCUUCCAGCCCAACUCGAAGGAUCUCAUCCAGUUCUAGGCACGUGGUGGGCGCCGGGAGACCUGGCCGGCCCGUCUACUGGCAGCCUGAGGUCGGCGAGGACAGAUACCGGUAGCUUGAACUUUGAAGUCACUAUACGUAAUUCGCAAAGAGCAGCCGGUGAUAGGGUUCAAAGAGCCUCUAAUACACUCCAUAUUGAUGUUUCCCUUCUUCUUGCGCUGUUAGAAUCCCAUGACAAUCACCAGCAGUCCUUCAACCGGCAGUAUCGCCCUUAUUGGAGCGAAAAAGGCAAUAACAGGUGCCAGUUGUAAUCAGCGCCAUUUCUAAGCAUUCCUUCGGAACCGAAUUAUAUUUAUUAUACGAAGUUAGGUAGCUGUAGUACGGUGUAAUCACUGUGUUACAAGUUGAUUAUCGGCUUGAGCGGCGUGACAUGUUGCUCGAGAGGCUAGGUGAUAUACGCUUAAUCGGUGGCACUGAUAGGGCAGCACAGACGAACAGGCACCCACGGCUGUCGGUGACGCUGCCAGCCUUGGACAUGCCUAUAUGGUGCCAGAUCCAUUAAUCGUGGUGCACUUAAUUACUGUGUAAUCAACUUAACAUUGUUUUACCCCGGGGAUUACUACGGCUUUUACCGCUGACUAUGUGUUCAAAGAGGCUGAGCGCGCGCUGUGUCCCCACGGUACGUCCGAGCCGCGGCGCCUGCUCCAGUGUCCCGUGCCUUGGUUCGGCGCUGUCCGCCGGUACCCGCAGAUAAGCAAUAAGGCGCCAUGUGCGUGUCGGUGGUUACCGCGGUGUGUAAGUGGCGAGAAAAGCCGCGGAGGUCGUGUAUUGUGAACCUCGCUCGUUGUGUGGAAAACAGGUGUGCGUGUGUGCGCGUCUGUGUGUGUGUGUGUGUGGGGGGGGGGGGGGGGUCACGGACAGACUACCCCGAGUUUUGUCUCACAAUCAAACGUAUGCCUGUAUCGUGUGUAGCUGGCAUGUGGCGCUGUGGUCGUUCGACAUCCGUCCGACUGAUGGCCUCUCUGAGACGGCUACCCUCGCCUCGCGGGGCCGACACAUAGCCCACGUGCCGGGCGUUAGCGCAGCUCAGAUGGCCUUAACACGAAUAAAGACAGAGGCGGACGCGUCCUUAGAUGUCCUGCGACACCUCACAGUGUUCCGGCAUCAGUCUGUAACAGUGGGCACGCAUUGACAUGGUUGUGCUGUGGCAUUGGGUUCUGGGACGGCUGUUUAUAAAUAUAUACGGUAACCUACAUUUUAA